AUGGAGUCCAUUCAACCCUUCCAAAUCAACGUCCCAGACGAUGACCUCAACCGUCUCCACCAGAAACUCGACACCGCAACCUUCCCGGACGAGCUCGACGUCGCCGGCUGGGACUUAGGCAUCCCCCUUGAGCAGAUCAAACGACUGACAACCUACUGGCGAACGGGCUUCAACUGGCGCCGACAGGAGAAAGAGCUCAAUGACCGAUUGACUCAAGUGCUCGUCCCUGUUACCGUUGCGGGUUUCGGACAGUUGCAGAUCCAUUGUGUUCAUCAUGCGAGUCCGAAUCCGAAUGCUGUUCCAUUGUUGUUUCUUCAUGGAUGGCCCGGCAGCUUCCUCGAGGCUACUAAGCUCCUCCCAUACUUGAGCAACGAUGCCGAUAACGCCCCGGCUUUCAGCGUUGUUGUUCCCUCUUUGCCUAAUUUUGGCUUUUCUUCUGGGGUGAAAAAGAAAGGAUUCGGUCUAGCCCAGUACGCCGAGUGCAUGCACGCCGUCAUGUCCACCCUCGGUUACCAAGAAUACUCCAUCCAAGGCGGCGACUGGGGUAGCUUAAUCGCCCGCACAAUGGCCACCCACUACCCAACGCACGUCAAAGCCGUACAUCUCAACUUCCUCCCCGUCUCCCCCCCUCUCCCCUGGCGCAACCCUCUCAUCUUCCUCCAAUCCCUCCUCACCAUCCCCUUCUCCGCCUCCAGCAAGGCCCACCUAGCCACCACCCGCCGCUACCUCGACCAGGGCAACGCCUACCUCCGCCAGCAGGAGACGCGCCCCCAGACGCUGGGCUACGCCCUGCAGGAUAGUCCCGUUGCGCUGUUGGCGUGGGUUGCGGAUAAACUGCAUGACUGGUCAGAUGGGUAUCCUUGGACGGACGACGAGAUCUUGACGUGGGUGAGUAUUUACUGGUUUUCGACGGCGGGCCCGGCUGCUUCGGUGAGGAUUUACUAUGAGGCUGCGCGGAAGGGUGAUGGUGAUGAUGGGACCUCUGUGACGAACGCCACUCCUGGGGUUACUACGUACGAUGUGCUGGGUAUGACGGCGCCGGCGGGGGUGCGGUUUGCGGUGGCGCAGUUUCGGGAGGAGUUGAUCAAGGUUCCUUUGUUUUGGGCGCAGAUGAUCGGUGAUGUUGUUCGGGAGAAUGAGUUUGACUGUGGUGGGCAUUUUGCGGCUUGGGAGGUUCCGGAGUUGCUGGCGCGGGAUUUGAAGGGGUUUUUGGGGAAGGGGGGCCAGGCGUAUGCGGUUGUUACGGGGAGGGAUGGCUAUUAG